ACAGAGCAAGCAGAGACAAGGCCCGGCCAGGCAAGGCAAGCGAGGCGAGGCGAGGCGAAGGCGAAGGCAAGGAAGGACUGAAGGAAGGAGGGAGGGAAGGAGGUGGUGAGAGGUGAGGCUGGCUUUUGGCUUGGAGUGGCUUGGCUCUGCUUUGCUGCCCUCGAGACGACGAGCCGGGACGGACGAGAGAGAGAAAGAGAGAAAGCGAGAAAGAGAGAGCCGAGGCGACCGACGAUGACGAACAGGAAGGAGCGGUUUCAAGCUGAGUUUCGGACAGUCGACUUCGAUUGAUGCUGGCUUACUCGCUGGCUGGCUGGCAGGCUGGCUGGCCGUAGGUAGGGGGUGGAUCCUGCCCAGCCAAGAGCAAGGGAAAUUUUGUUCUGAGGGUUGGGUUGUAGUUGGCGUUGCGAAGCAAGCAGGCACCGAUGAUGGACAGGAGUUGGAUCGGCGAGUGGUGUGGCGCAGAGGUUUUGCGCGUCGGUCAAGUCAUCUUGUAAGGAGGCAGAAUGGAACGCCGAGAAAUUUGAGCAUUGUCGGAGCUGAAUGACGACGUGGGUUGCGCCUCGAGGUGCGUAGGAGCGUAUUCAACUUGUCCAUGCAGGGUUGGAUCUUAUAAUGUUCUUCUGGACAGUCCGUGGCGCCGGUGCCGGGGUCGACUCGUGGAUUAUUUCCUGGAUCGUUCUAAGAAGUGCGCGGUGGAGAUUUAAGUGCAGGUCUUUUAGUACUUGAGGGAAGGCGGCGCGGAUUACAGGUUUAGAGGUUUCCGUUACAUAGAGCUAUUAGCGGCCUUGGGCGGAGUAAAGUGGUAUCGGACGUGCAGAGAGACAGAACGCGCACGUCAGGGAGAGGGGGAGAGUGAUUCCAAGCCUUUGGAGAUUGGCCCUAUGUCAUUUCCCGGGCAGAAAUGGCUUCGCGGCCUUCAAUCUUCAUCUCUUUUUCGGCCGCCGCCCGAAAGUGCCAUCCGAAAACAGGCAGAAAUUUUGGCAUCUGUCGAGCUUUUUGGACAUUUCGCUUCAGAAUCCUUUGUGGAUGAUAUUGGGGAGCUUGUGCGCGCUCAUUACCCCACAAAUGAACAUUGCCUUCUCGAUGACGUCUUAGCUACGUUUGUUCUUCACCACCCAGAGCAUGGACAUGCGGUUCUGCAUGCUCUUCUCUCUUGUGUGAUUGAUGGGACGCUGAUUUACAACAAGAAGACCCCUCCAUUCGGAUCUUUCGUUUCUUUGUUCAGCCCUUCUACUGAGAGAGAUUUUUCGGAGCAGUGGGCUCUUGCAUGUGGAGAAACUUUGAGGGUUCUCACUCACUACAAUCGCCCGACCUUCAGGAGUGACACCCGGCAGCCGUCUGGGAGUAAUCCCAGUCCCAGUUCUAGUGGGGAGGGUUCUGGAAAGUGUAGCCAGGAAAGGGCUGGUUGGGAUGAGUAUGACAGGAGAUCUCCUACCAGACUUCUCACACCCUGGAUUACAGAUAGUCUACUCGCUGCUCCUCCAUCAAUACGUAGUGACUACUUCCAAUGGUGCGGAGGCGUCAUGGGAAAAUACACAGCAGGAGAAGAACUCAGACCUCCAACUACGGCAGUUGGAGGCCGAAGUCAAGGCAAGCAACCACAGCUCCUGCCCUCAACUCCUAGAUGGGCUGUGGCCAACGGUGCAGCAGUUAUCUUGAGUGUUUGUGAUGACGAAGUGUCUCGUUAUGAGACAGCAGAUUUAACUGCCGCAGCAGUUCCUGCCUUGCUUAUCCCUCCCCCAACAGCUCAAAAUGAGAACCUUUUAGUCUCGGGCUUACCUUUUUUGGAACCAUAUGCGCACUUAUUUCACAGAUACUACGCUGUUGCAACACCAGGAGCAACACAACGGUUGCUGUUUGGGCUUUUGGAAGCCCCUCCUACGUGGGCUCCAGAUGCUUUAGUUGUUGCUGUAGCGCUCGUCGAGCUAUUACGAGCAGCCGAUAAUUACACUUCCUCUGUCCAGCUUCCUCGAGAUUGGUUGACCAUCCAUUUCUUGAGGCCUGUCGGUGCUGCUAUGGCCCAGAGGUCAGGUACCGCCGCAGACGCUGCCGCAGCUCUUCUUUAUCAUAUUUUUUCUCGACCUGCUCUGCUCUUUCCUCCACCAUCACAAUCCCAGGGAUUGUUUUCGACGCAAACAUUAUUAUACGGCACGUCAAGCCUGGCUGCAAGUAGGGAAGAGGCCAAGGCGGCUGCAGCCCAAGAAAGCGAGGUUGCAACUGCAAGUGGAUUAGCAGCACUUUUGACUGGGCAUGGAAUUGAUGUGGAGUGUCAUAUAUGUGCUAUCUGGGAGGCAGCAUACGGUUUGCGGUCGUUGACUCCUUCGUCCGUUGAUCUUCCCGAUCUUGUUCUGUCUACACCUUUGCAGCCACCAGUGCUUUCGUGGAACUUGCUGCGAGCUCUUUUUCGAAUUUUGUCAUAUCUUCCUCCAGAAAGUCCAUCACAAGCCUGUUUGAAACGAAUUUUUUCUGCAACUAUAGAGGCCAUUUUGCAGCGAACAUUUCCUCUUGAUGAGGUAAAGCAACAGAAGGAUGGCACUAUCGUAGGUUUACAAGCUGGGGGAGGAGGUGCUGGGGCUAAGAGCGUAGGCAUGGGAGAACUUCGCGCGAUGUUGCACUGUUUGUUCACAGAGUCCUUUCUCUCCCCUGAGCUAGCCGCACAUCUUCUUUCUGAAGCUCUUAGUUUAUGUCUUAGUCAUGAUGCAAGUCGGCAAUUAGAACGAAGAAAAGCUACUGGGAAAGAUGGUGGAAGCUCUCUGACAAUGGAUGAAGACAUCUAUGGGGGAAAGGAGAUAUUCAGGACAUCUACGAUUGACGUCUCAGGAAAGCAGCGGGGUGCUGUUGCAACUUUUGAUUCCUACGUUAUUGCAGCAGUUUGCGCUUUGGCUUGUGAAGUACAAUUUUUUCCCUUUUCUCCAGCUUACUUCACGAUAAUGAAACCACCUUCCGUUGUAAUGACAAGGCCAGAUGCUGAUGGACAAGUUAGUAGCAGUGGCGCACGCGAUGGGCAAAGGUCUCUAUCUUUGCUUUCUAACAGAUUUCCAAUAGGUGUUGCCAACGUUCUGGAGCAUACGAAAAGACUUCUAGGGCUCCUAGAACUUUUACUCGGCGUUUCACCUUCGUUUGCCGGAACCGGGAGCAGUAGUAGCAGGACCAGUACAAAUGAAAUUUUGGGACAGGCAGUUGGUGCUGCACAUAUGUCAGAUCUUCUUGGUCAUUCAAGAGCUUGUCUGCACUCAUUGACAGGAAUAAUGAGGUGCAAAUGGGAUCCCGGAAUAUGUUUAAAGGCUUCAGCGGUACUUUCAGCUAUAGAAAGUAAUGGUGAUCUGGUAGCCAUUGCUACGCAUGGGAGAAACGGGUUUGGAGGACCAGACUGUACAAUAGGGAUCAAAAGAGAUUUAGAGCAGGCUUGGAACACUUCCAUCGAGGACCAGUUUAAACCUAGCCAACUUCAAAAGCUCAGCAGAGUCUCGGGCCUUCCUGGCAAUUUGAGAGGGGGAAGCAGUGAAAAGGGGCCGAAUAUCCCGAAUGGAUAUGGACCUGUAGGAGAGGCGAGAGGAUCUUUCCCCCUGGAAGCCUCGGAUGUUGCGUCUCUUCUAUGCAAGGACAGAAGAAAUGGUCGUAAUGGGACUCUUGACACGUCGUUGAAAUCUGUUCUUGUCGGAAAGCAGCAUCUAGCCAUUGGUGCCACUGCUUUACUCUGUCAAAGGCUUAUUCUUGCCCCUGAUAUUCCCAAUGCAAUCGAAGGAACUUCUGCAGAACGCGGGUGGGGUCAGGUGGUGGAGGCCUUGUGCAACAUUUCAGCUGCCUUUCCUGGAAAAGUUGCGCGGUUUGUCGUCUCUCAGGCCGAGGCAGAGCUUCGACCGUGGACCAUCAAGGACGAUGGACCAAGCCAGCAGUCUCUAUGGAGGAUCAACACUCGUGUUGUCUGUCUCCUUUCUGACCUUCUGCGACUAACGCACCUUCCAGAAAUUGUGAAAGUGGUCGUACACGAUGGAGCUCUUCUUAGACGAGCCACGGAUGGCAUGACCUUGGAUGGAGAAGCUUGCAAAUUACCUCAGCUAGAGCUUCUAGAAGCAGCAGCUCUUGCAGCGCAGGCGGCGUUGAAAUGGGAAGAGCCAAAUGAGGAGGUCGCAGAUCAAUUAUUUUCACUUCUCAGGGAGCGAUUGCCGGCCACAGUGCGGUGCUUAUCUCACAACAGUACACAUGUUCGGGCAAUGAGUGUCGCCCGUCUCAGGGACAUGCUCUAUAUGGAGUCACUCCGGUCGAGCAGCUCGAGGAAAUCCUCUGAAGGGAGCGAAAGGGAAGAGGCAAAUGGAACUGGUAACUGGAGGAGAUAUGUUGAGCAAUGUGUUGUAUGGGAGGUGCACUGUCGUCGCGCCGGCGGUAUGUCUAUCUCUUUGCUAGCCAAUGCUGCAAGUGCACUGGGCUGCCCGAUUCCUGUCUAACUGUUGUUCGGAAGAAAAGGAGUGGCAACUUUUUCUGAUUGUUAAGAAGACUCGCUCCAUGCGUGCUCCCUUCCUUGAGGAUUGUUAUCCAGCAUAUAUCUGUAGUGUGAGAAGCGACAAAGGUUGUGUGCAUCUUUGGCUCAAAUGUGCUGGUGAUGCUAAAGUGGUGGAGGGCAGAAGUUUGGUUCCAGUGCGUCAAGCACAAUCCAGAUUGUCGAGGAGUAUCUGAGUCGUUUUGGAACAUCAGUCUGGAUCCAUCGAGAAGACACAAGUGGUACACAAGAAGCACCCUCUUUCUUCUCGCAAGAUUGGUUGAAGAUGUGACAUAAAUUCAUUCGGUGCUCGUAAUCUAUUUCAAGAGCGGUCAUGAGGCGUAUUGCACUCAAUGAUGCUGGCUGUGGAUUUCCAGUCUUCGAAGGAAAGAUUCCUGAUGACAAGCUUUACAAGCUAGCUGGGAGUUUAGAAGCCCAUACAGUCUGCAAGAGAAGCAUUUGGGAGUCCAACGGAAUACCUAUUUAUACAUGCUCUCAAGAGCAGUGGCCAUGCUUUAACCAACCAGUUGAAUGCCCACUUUAACUGAGGUGUUCAAUUUGUGUCCAGGGUCUUGUCAUUGACCAUGGUCAUGUACAUUACUGUAAAUUGAGGUUCUUGAGCUUUCACAUGUCAACAUAGCACCAUUGAGUUGGCAUGAUAGUCUCAGUCAAGCACAUUGUGCAUAUUCUGGUCUUCUCAACUUAUUAGCUUCUUCAUCGUAGUUCAGGUUGCGUUCGGAAGUCUGAGCCACUUUAAAAGGCAUGCUCAGGCGGUAUCGAUGUGUCGUACGAGCAACUGUGGCUGUUAUUUAUGCAAUUAUUGUCUCUCUAGAUGCCGAAGUCCCACGAGCUUGUUGAAGUUUGCAGAAGAGGUGUUUACACCUGUUCCAUGAACUCUUUGCAGAAUCUCUUCUGUUGAAAGACCUCUGGUGGGAGAAACUAAUCGUCUACUUGUGAAGUAGUGCCCACAUUCAAACCCUGAACCCUGGAUUCCUCAGCAUUAUAAUCGGAUUCGAAGGAGCAGGUGAAAAUAUACCUCUACCUGCAACACCAACGGGAGAAGGUGCAUGCAGAGUGGUUGAUGCAUCUCACAGGCUACUCUUAAAGUAAUUUGUGUCCAUUGCGAGAGGCGAGAUACGAGUAAAACGCGACAUAUGCGCCCAUGAUGUAUCCGUGCAAUAGUUCAACAAUAAAGGGGGAC